AGUCGCCUCCAGCGGGAAGUGCACUUCCGUUAUCUGCGCUCCCACACCCCGCCUCGCCCGCUCCCCCUCCUCAGCUCGCUCUCUCUGGAUGUUUAAGGCAAGGAUGAACAAACAGAUCCAGCCCGACCGCAAAGUGUCGGUGGUGGCCCCCUUGCCGGAGCGCGCGGGGCCGCCGCCCCCGAGGAAGGACGUGGAGCUGAUCCUGGUGAAGGAGCACAACGGGGUCCAGUACACCAGCAGCAACCUCCUGCCCGCCGCCCCCGCGCCGCACUACGGCGCCCAGGACAGGGAGACCUGGGGCAAGAAGAUCGACUUCCUCCUCUCCGUCAUCGGCUUCGCCGUGGACCUGGCCAACGUCUGGCGAUUUCCCUACCUCUGCUACAAAAAUGGAGGGGGUGCUUUUCUUAUUCCCUAUAUCCUCUUCUUAAUCAUUGCUGGAAUGCCCCUGUUCUAUAUGGAAUUAGCGCUGGGACAGUACAACCGAGAAGGGGCUGCCACUGUGUGGAAAAUCUGUCCAGUUUUCAAAGGUGUAGGCUAUGCAGUGAUACUCAUAGCUCUUUACGUGGGUUUCUACUACAACGUUAUCAUAGCUUGGUCUCUGUAUUAUCUAUUUUCAUCAUUCACAUUUGAGCUCCCCUGGACAAACUGCGACAACAGUUGGAACAGCCCAAACUGUACAGAUCCCAAACUCUUCAAUGCAUCAGUGCUUGGCAAUGGUACCAAAUACUCAAAGUACAAGCUCACUCCUGCAGCUGAAUUUUAUGAGCGAGGAGUUCUGCACCUGCACGAAAGCCGUGGAAUCCAUGACCUUGGCUUGCCUCGCUGGCAACUUUCCCUCUGCCUCUUGGUGGUGGUAAUCAUUCUUUUCUUUAGCCUGUGGAAAGGCGUGAAGACUUCAGGAAAGGUUGUUUGGAUAACAGCCACUCUGCCUUAUGUUGUAUUAUUUGUCUUGUUAAUACAUGGAAUAACCCUGCCUGGUGCAUACAAUGGAAUAAAUGCAUACCUGCACAUAGAUUUCAGAAGACUGAAAGAAGCCACAGUAUGGAUUGAUGCAGCUACUCAGAUAUUUUACUCCUUAGGAGCUGGGUUUGGCGUUUUAAUUGCAUUUGCCAGUUACAAUAAGUUUGACAACAACUGUUACAGGGAUGCUUUGCUGACUAGUACCAUUAACUGUGUCACAAGCUUCAUCUCAGGAUUUGCAAUUUUCUCCAUAUUGGGCUACAUGGCUCAUGAGCACAAAGUUAAAAUUGAGGAUGUAGCCACUGAAGGAGCUGGUUUAGUUUUCAUCCUGUAUCCAGAGGCAAUUUCAACUCUUUCAGGAUCUACCUUUUGGGCUGUUGUAUUCUUCAUCAUGCUCCUUACUCUUGGCAUCGACAGUUCUAUGGGUGGAAUGGAGGCUGUCAUCACUGGCUUGGCAGAUGAUUUCCAAAUUCUGAAGCAGCAUAGAAAGCUCUUUACCUUUGGUGUUUCUUUUGGCACUUUCCUACUUGCCCUUUUUUGCAUCACAAAAGGUGGAAUUUAUGUGCUCACACUCCUGGACACAUUUGCAGCUGGGACUUCGAUAUUGUUUGCUGUUCUAAUGGAGGCAAUUGGAGUUUCCUGGUUUUAUGGUGUGGACAGAUUCAGUGAAGAUAUCCAACAAAUGAUGGGCUUCAAGCCAGGCCUCUACUGGAGACUGUGCUGGAAAUUUGUUAGCCCUGCUUUUUUAUUGUUUGUUGUCAUAGUCAGCAUAAUAAAUUUCAAACCUUUGACCUACGAUGACUACACCUUCCCUCUCUGGGCAAAUCGCAUUGGCUGGGGAAUAGCAUUAUCUUCAAUGAUACUUGUGCCUGCCUAUAUUAUCUAUAAAUUUAUGAAUGUGCGUGGGACCUUUAAAGAAAGACUAGCUUACUGCAUCACACCUGAAAAUGAGCACCAACUCGUGGCCCAAGGAAAUGUCAGGCAGUUUAAGCUUCAACACUGGCUAACAAUAUGACAACCAACAGGUUGAGAAAAAAGCCAAUAUGUUAAGCUAAACUGGGAAUACAGAAAAGUCAAGUUCAAAGCUCCCUCAAUCAUGCUUGGACCAGGCUGGCUCAGAGCUUAUCUACUGACUCUUUGAGGGAAGACAUCUGCUCUCUGUUCUCAAUGCCUCCCUUCUACUACUUGGCUUCAAAUGAUCUUUAAAGACUCUGUUUCAUUUUUCUUAUAUCCUUUGGUGCCAUGAGAUCUCUACAUGACCAAACCUUGUGAGUUUUGCUAUUGGCAGAAGUGGGGGAGCGGGGGGGAGGGGGAGAGGAAAAAAGCAAUCAGCAUAAGUUAAAUGCUCUUUUAUCGUGAAGAAGUGAAUUAAACUUUUCUGACAGUAAUAAUUACUUCAGAUAUUCAUGCCACAACCCAUUUUAAACCAACACCACCUGAAACAUUCUAGAUCUAAGGAAAGAGUACAUCUCAAUUAUGAGGAAAGAGCAACUUUAACCACGUACUACUGUCAUUAGCUUUCUUGCCAUACUAUCCUUUGGGAUAUGAGUUUGCAUCCUUCUGAAGCAAAGUCUCAGUGUUUCAUUUUUAGUGGUUUGUUACUAGUUUCUUCUCUUGGUGAAGAAGGUUGUCUUUGCUGUCUGUAUAUGUCCAUGCCAUUUUCUGUCCAGUUUAAUUAUACAAGCUGAAGAGCAGCAGGAACAGAAUUCCUGUUACAGCUAGGUACAGAAUACAGUUUACUACCACGCUGUACUUAAUGAAAAAUAUAUUCCCUUAUAUCAACAAUUAAAAUGGCUUUGUCAUAUGAUCCAUACUCUACAGACUUUUUUCAGCUAAGUAUGAAAGUUACAUGCAAAUAGACAGACUUUGUUACAUCUUUUUGUUAUAUUUUGUUCCAAACAAAGAAUGUAAAAUAAAUAGAGAGGAUGACUUUUAGAAUUACAUAGUCUACCCAGAGGCACCAAAAUACCAAACUUUGACUUUAUUCUCCUGCUGUGAACAUGCUAUUAUUAUAAUCUAACCUGGAUUCAUCUACCAAACCGUAGUAAGAUUGUGUGGAAUAAUUUAGAAGGGUAUUUUAGGCAUACUCAGCUCUCAAAGCCUAUUCCAGCUCUUCUCUCUGGUAGCAUUAUGCAAGGUAGAAGAUACAGAACAAACUCUGCAUUUGGGUGCUGUUCUUCUUCUGUGGUCACUUAUCACUGUAGUAUCUUUCCAGUGAUCACUAGAUUUGGUAGCUUUGAGUUAUUUCUUGUACUUAUUUAUCAUUAGAUCUACAGUAAUUUUCAGAGGCAGUAGCUUCUCAGCUGAAUCCAGCCCAGAGUUUACCUCUGGACCCUACCUCUGAAUUUUUUUUUUGCUUUUAUACAUUCAAUUCAGCUUGUCUUUUAAAUGUAUGUAGUGCUUCCUCUUUUUAAAAAGAUCAUUUAAAAGGAUGGGGCUUUUUUUAUUUAUAAUACAAAUUUUGUUGAGGGUUUUUUUCCUUUUUAAAAAUAGCCCAAUUUAAAAGUCCCAAGUGAUUUUGGCUGUUUCCAUUUAGCAUUGAUUUCUGUUCAAAAUAAUGGAAAGGAAAUUUCUCUCCUUAUUUAUCCUUUUCCUCCAACCUAAUCAAUACUUUGAAACAUAUCAAGUAUGGUCCUUUUCUUAAAGACUCUGUGACAAAUAGCAGUUUUACUUAAACAGGGUUUUAAACCCAAAAGAUACUUUCUUCUAAUCACAAAGGAAGUCAUAUUUUCUGGCUCAGCUGAUGACCAAUAGCUGUUUAAACCCUGUUAUUAAAUAUAUUUCAAUAAUAAAGGAAUUUCAAAUGUUGCGGUCCUAGUUCUGUAAUUACACAAAAGACCAAACAGUGAAAAUAUGUUCAGGGAUUCAAGAAAGUCAUCCCACCAACUUCAUAGUUAAUCCCAUUUUUAUUGUUUGCUAAACUACAUGAGAAUCUUUUCAUUGUUACAAAGCUUACUUUUCAAUAACACAGCUGCUUCAGUCACUGGCUUGGCAUGGCUCAAAAGCUUCUUAGCAUAGACAUAAUUACCACCAUGUUUUGAAACUCUUGGGGGCUCUUUAAUGUGGAGCUUCAAUAGCUUGUCUUACUAUACAUUAUUUGGUUUGCUCAUGAUUGGAAAUGCUAACAACCUGCAUCAAUGUUCACUUGUGAGACACCGCAUCACCACCAUCCAUAUAGCAAAACCCAUGCAGGAAGAGUUACAUUUCAUCAUCUCUCAGCUCUGGAACAGGAGCAAAGCUAUCUUAACAUGCGAGUGAAAUCAGCUUUACACGGCAUGUUAGGGCUUGAUAGUAUUUUUAAUACCAACUCCCAAGGCAAUUACCUACUACAUUAUUUUUAUUUCUAUUACUGUAUAAUUUCUUAGGUUUAGUGUAGUAUUUAUAGCUCAGGACUCCACUGCACUAUUGCCAUCUUGUUCUGAGGUUUCAUUUACAAAUAACUUGCAAUCUACACAGAAGACAAUAGGCAAAUCGGAGAAAGCAGGAAUCUUAUUACCAGGAAUAGCUCGAAUGAAAAAGAAAGAUAAUACACAUUGCAUGACUGCACAGCAAGGCUUUAAGUUCAAGAUGUCGCCCAAAGGAAGUCUCCCCCCAAAAUAAUACGACUUCUGUCCCAGAGAUGAAGAACAAUGUCUUCAAUUCUCCACAGAAUAAGAUGUUCAACUACCUCAUGCCUCUUGGACAAUAAAUGAUGCCCUUAGACACAAACUAGCAUCCACUCAAAUGACAAAUACCUUUGUGAAGACUAGGUUAUAUUCUUUUCCUCGACUAAGUGAUAUGGCACAGAGAGUCCAAUAAGCCAGAGCUCCAGCACUCAGCUCCUCUUAGGCACCUGCUUUGAACUGCCUAGUACAUUUUCAAUAUGGAAAACAUCAAAUGCCACUAAGAUACUCAUGUCCCUUCAGUUCAACCAUUUGUAGUUUAAAUGGUCCUUAUCACCCAUGCAGUUUAACUGCAAGUCUUCCUCUAACUCAGUCUUGAAUUUUCAGCCAAGCAGGUCACUCCUUCCCUCAGCUAUACCUGUUGUGGGAACAGACCCACUCUGGGGACUGGUGUUCUCCCAGAUAUCCCCAUAGGAUGGCAAGUAUAUGCUGAUGGAGUAGGCCACCCACUUCCAAAGAAAGAAAAUUUUGGAUACAAGCUUAUUCAAGAUGCAGUAUCACCUGCCUGCUAAUUGUGCUGCUGUUUCAGUAACAAGCCAGUGGAAAGAACUGUGUGAAACAAAUAGCUGAUUUGACAGUUCUAGAAAAUAUUUUCUUGAAAGCCUUUUUGUAAUCUGAUAAAGGAAGCAGCUGUCAUACACUAGCAUCUCCCUCCUGCCCUUUCUUCCUGUCAGUGAAAGAGACCUGCCUGUGAUCCAUACGUUUUCAUCAAGCCACAGAAAGUCAGCACCAAGGAAAGAGAUUCUCUAUUUCCUUUGUACUCCUGCUGUCAUUCAGCAGACUAAUUCUUCAUGUACUUGUCACUGUUCUAAAGCUACAUUACUAAAACUCCAGAAAUUUAGAUUUCUGGUAGAAACAGUGGGUCUUUCAUGGGCAACAGUCCAAAAAGCACUAGUGCUAUUUAGUGUUCGGCCCUUGUUGUCAGUCUUUCUUGUGUUCUGUCAUGUCCUGAGGCAUACACCCUGGCAACACUUGAAAGACAUCUUACCCUGGUGAGGGAUUUUGCAGGAAAUCCAAGAUCAAACGUGAUAUUUUAAAUAUAGAAUGCAGGAGAAAUACUUGGCUGUUACUAUUGUACAUGUUCCCUAACUGCACGUGCAAUGUAUGUUGUAUGUAAUUUUCCCAGAGGAAAUUCAAUAUAAUUGGUCAUUUCUUUCAGCAAAAUACUACUUAAAUGCUAUUAUUUAAAAAGGUCAAACCCGAACAUUUUGUAUAUACAUCUACUUCUUACACUAUUGUUUUAACAUGAAUUAAGUUUACUUUGUACUGUUAGAUUGUAGAAGGCCACAUAGAAAGUUCUUUUGCUUUUAAUGUCUCUUUUGCAGUUCUUCCAAUUCAAACAGCAUCAAUUAGCUGAUACUUGCUUUUAUAGGAGUAGGUACUUUUCAUUCAUAUCCUGGAUUGAUUCAUUAAGUUUCAUGAGGCAUUGGCAAACAUUUAGGAAUUUCUCUCCUAAGAACCAGAUUUAAACUGUAGACCAGCAAUUUCAAAAGCGAUGAGACUUAUAAAUGUUUUAUUUGCAGUGCCCUGUUAAAAGAUUUUCAAAUGGGCCUGAAGGACUCAGAUAUAAGACAGUUAUCACAGCUCAAAUGACAGUAUAUAAUCAACCUGCAGAAAUUGUGUGCACUCUGAUGAGCCUCUUGGAGCAGUAAAAUAAGUGUGUUCUAAUACACUUUAUUUUCUCAGGACUAAUAUUUAUGGUCCGCAGAUCAGCUCAUGUGCAAGAACUCAACCUCCUUAAAGGCCAACAUGAUGUUUCAGAUUAGACCCUCAAACAAGUUUGGAGUCUUGGCUAUAGUACAGGGAAACAGAUCUUCUAGAGACACUUCCAGAAACUUUCCUCCACAGGAAAAGUUUUUCAGUCUAUCUGCCUCUGGUUUAUAGCCAUGUUCCUGUUCGUGACUCUGGCCUGACCUAGCUUAUAGGUGGAAAGUUAAGCUGUUAGAAUAUCAAGCUAAACUGUUUAUAAUACAUCACAGAAGUCAGAAACAGGACCUUGAAAUGACCUUACUAGGUUCAUAUCUAUAUACAAGCUGAAAGCAGCAUAUAGACUAUUUUAAGCAAAGCUGGCCAGAAAUCACCAUACAGGAAGGCAUCUGUGAGCUGCUUGGACACCUAAAUCAUUACAGAUUUACUAAGCCAAUAUUAGCUGGUACAUGAGAAAGCCUGCCAUUCUCACUUCUUUUAGAGAAAAGGUACAAUGUAGUGCAGGAUACUGCAAAACAGUUGGGAAAUCUUCUUAGAACUUAAUCAGCUGAGCACUUAAGCACUUGCCCCCCUCUAAUCCAUAUUCUCAAAGGACAGGUUUUGCUGACAAUCAGCCAAGACCACUCAUACUGACCGAGCAGGCACACAUGUGUUCCUUAGCUGUGAUUAGAUAUACAAUUACUUGGUUUUGCCUGCUUAAGCUUAACUGGGGAAUGACAAGACUUGCAAGCCAUGCCAUGCACAGAGAAACUUUUCCUAGGCCAAAAAAGGUCAGAUUUUUGCACAUUUUUCCUACUAAAAGUUAAAUCAAUGUAGGACCAAGAUCCUCAGCCAGUGAUUAAUUUGUACAGUGGUACUGUUCACUGCCCGAGACUGAAUUUAGAUACAACUACACGCAUCAGAGACUACUAUAUAGAGAACUAGAUGGCAGAUAAAGACAUUCGAACCAGUAGAAAAACCUAACAGUGUAAUAUAGCUGCUUUUAAGUACAGAAUUUGAUCAGAAUUUGCAAUUUAAAAACAGAAUAUGUCUAGACAAAUUGCAAUCACUGUAUGACUAACCUAGUAGAAGCACACAGAAACAGAAGACAGCCAAAAGACUAAGUAACAGAGAUACCAUUAUUGUAUUCAGUGCAACUGUCCUUCUUAUAAGAACACAUAGGUGUCUAGAUGCAAGUGGUUGGGAUGGAGCCAAGAAGGGGGGAGGCUUAAGCCUCAGUCCAGCAGUGCAGCCGUCAUGUAUGUAAAGCCAUUACUGUCAUUAGUUUUCAUGGUGUGAACAGUGGGCCUUUUUUUACCUAAGCACCAAUGGCAAGAUUGGGCCACCUGUGUGCUUUGCUUUCCUCCUUUUUAAAGGUGUUUCUUUUGCCACCAUACUAAAAGUUGCUUAAUUUCUUUAAUAAGGGAACAGAAUAAAUUCAGUGAACUAAGAAAACUACUAAGCCUUAAGCUGGCUCUCAAAGGUGUCAUGUUGUUUCUUGGUCACUGCCAAGAAGCCUCAAAACUUGCAGGUGACCUGCAUUUGUAAUUUAUGUUGCACUCUCUGUGAGCCUAUCUGCAAGACUUAGCUUUUGUUUCCUAUGGGUAGUAUCAGUUAAAGGGAGAAUGUCCAAAUAGUACAUUUUGAAAAUAACUUCUAAUAGGUCUAAUGAAGAUUUGCCUUACAAAUAAAAGCUUUAUAGUGAGCAUUUACUUGGUUUACACCAGUGUUUUACUUAAUUUUUAAUGCCUUUUUAUAGCAGUGACUAGACUUUACCUUAGAUAAAGGUACCUCUGUAUAGGAAAUAUUUUAAUAUUUUUACCAGUUUUUUUAAUUUUCAUAGAAUAUAAGUGUAUAUUGUAAGGCGAGAAAUUCAACUUUGAUGUAACAAGGUUAUCACACAAGACCUAUUUCUCCAUUAUAAGAUUUUGUAGUCAGCCAGUCUAGUUCAAUAAUAUGUUGGCCUUUGAUUAUAAAUGUAAAAAUGUGAUAAAGGAGAAUAAAACAUUAUCUACAGCUAAAUGCACAUUGUAGCACAAUAUUCUCCAUUGCUGCCUUAAUCUCAUAAAGGGAAGUCAUGUGUUUUUAAUUUAUAUCCUAAAAACCAAAAAAGUUCAGAGCAUUCUUUGGCUGCAAUUUUGUGUUGUUAGACAACUUAACAUUAAACCAAAUGUGUUAGUGUCCAGUAGGUCUACUUCCGAAGCAAGAGAUCACAUUGCAGUUUUCAGGAAUAAGUUUUCGUAGGAGUUCAAAACACACCAACAGUAAAAAUGAUCUCCAAAAGCUCCCCAGUGACCAAAAAUGUCCAAACACAGCCACCACAUUUCCAUUCCUGAUGCCAUUAAUUAUGCAAUCUGCAGGUCCAUUUGACUUUUUUUUGUAAGUCUUUGGUUAUCUGGGGGAAAAGGCAUUUCUUUUUUUUUUUUUUUUUGCAAGGGAGACACAUGCCCAUGUGUGUAAUUAGAAACAACUACAUUUCUUAUAAAUAUGGAUAUGGAUGUGUGUGAUGUGUGCUGGUUAACUAUACUUAAAAUGCUGAUAAAGAUGGUGAAUGUAAAGUAUUUGUCUUCAUUCGUCUGUCUUUCUGUGAUCAGUGUAAAUAAGAACUGUUUUAAGCUGUGUAUUAAUGUAACAGAUUAUUCCAAUAUUGUGUAUAAAAUUAUUUAAAUAAAAUCUGAUAAAUAUGCACAUAAAAAGAGUAUAAAGAAAAGUCUUAUGUACCAAGAAUUUACUUAUGACAGUCAAUUAAAAGCUG